UCUCUCUCUCUCUCUUUUUCUGUCUCUCCUCGCCCCCUGCUCCCUCCUCUUCCUCCUCCCUCCCUCUCUCCCUCCUCUUCCUACCUGAUUCAGAUCCGCUCCGACGCUAUGCGUAUGACCGCGUCUCUCUCUGCAAGGCGAGCACCACCGGAGAGACCCGCACGCUGCUGCUGACCGCCGGCCGCCCGCGAGCACCUUAACGCCGGCCGACGAGCGACCCAGGCCGGGCAGCAGGAGCGGGAGACACCGCCGCUGAUUAACCUCCGCCGGAGGAGAAGGAGGGAGACGCUAACGGGCGAAGAGUUGGCCCUGGAUAGAAAGAUCGGCAAGAGGACGAGUGUGGCGUCCCGGAGCCUGCUGUCCCAUCCGUCAUCCUCUCCCCUCUUUCCUCCUCUUAGCCAAGCUUUCACCUCGCCAAACUCCACUCUUCCCUCUUCUUCUCCUCCUCUUUUAUUCAGAAGUCCUCCGCUUCCGCGAACUUUGCAUCCACCUCUGCAUCCACCGCACCGGUGUCCUCCCGUUCUCUGACCGUGAGCUCGCCAUGGCUUCCAAGCUGAACCCCAACGUCCUGUAUGUGGCGGAGCACGGCGAGUCGCUGGGGUCACCCCAGGCGGACUCUGAGAGGACUCAUAUUGCUGGAGAAGCUGGAGAAGAGUCAUCAGACAGCGACGGGGAGCAAGAGGAGACGUCGCACAAGUUGAUCCGUAAAGUGUCGACCUCGGGACAGAUAAGGGCCAAGAAAAGUGUGAAGGAGGGAAUCCUGUUAAAGCAGACCAGUUCCUUCCAGAGAUGGAAGAGGAGGUACUUCAAACUCAGAGGGAGGACCCUGUACUAUGCCAAAGACUGCAAGUCUCUGAUUUUUGAUGAAGUGGACCUAUCAGACGCCAGUGUGGCCGAGACCAGCACCAAGAACAUCAACAACAGUUUCACGGUGAUCACUCCGUUUCGCAAGCUAAUGCUAUGUGCCGAGAGCAGGAAGGAAAUGGAGGACUGGAUCGGCGCUCUCAAAUCUGUCCAAAAGUGGGAAACCUAUGAGGCCAGCCAGUUCAACAUGGAGCAUUUCUCCGGGAUGCACAACUGGUACGCCUGCUCGCACGCCAGACCGACCUUCUGCAACGUGUGCAGAGAGGCUCUGCCGGGCGUCACCUCCCACGGCCUGUCCUGUGAAGUUUGUAAGUUCAAGGCUCAUAAGCGCUGCGCUGUUCGCUCCACCAACAACUGCAAAUGGACCACGCUGGCCUCCAUAGGAAAUGACAUCAUUGAGGAUGAGGAAGGGGUGUUCAUGCCCCACCAGUGGCUGGAAGGCAACCUCCCAGUCAGUGCCAAAUGUGUGGUGUGUGACAAGAACUGUGGCAGCGUGCGGCGGCUGCAGGACUGGCGCUGCCUCUGGUGCAAGGCCAUCGUUCACAACAGCUGCAAAGAACAAAUGGGGAAGGUGUGUCCCUUGGGCCAAUGUCGAGUGUCAAUCAUCCCUCCCACUGCACUUAACAGCAUCGACUCAGAUGGCUUCUGGAAGGCCACCUCUGCGUCGUGCACCAGUCCUCUGCUGGUCCUGGUCAACUCCAAAAGCGGAGACAACCAGGGGGUGAAGUUCCUCCGCAAGUUCAAGCAGCUCCUCAACCCGGCUCAAGUCUUCGACCUGAUGAAUGGAGGACCAGAGCUCGGCUUGCGCCUCUUCCAGAAGUUUGUGACGUUUCGCAUCCUGGUGUGCGGAGGAGACGGCAGCGUGGGCUGGGUGCUCUCAGAGCUGGAUAAACUCAACCUCCAUAAACAGUGCCAGCUCGGCGUGCUGCCUCUGGGCACAGGAAACGACCUGGCUCGCGUCCUGGGCUGGGGAGGCCUCUGUGACGACGACGCUCAGCUGCUGCAGAUCCUGGAGAAGCUGGAGAGAGCCACCACCAAGAUGCUGGACCGAUGGAGCGUGAUGACGUACGAGGUGCCCACCACCGCCAAACGCACACCGAUCGUGAAGGAGGACGACAGCCUCGAUUCUCCUCUGCAGGUCCACAUCACUCAGUAUGCAGACUCCGUGGCCUCCCACCUCGCCAAGAUCCUGGACUCGGACAGGCACAGCGAUGUAAUUUCCUCUGCCAAGUUUCUGUGUGGGACGGUGAACGAUUUUGUGGCGGAGGUGGGGAAGGCGUAUGAGAGAGCCACAGAGAACAAGGAGGAGGCAGAUGCCAUGGCAAAGAAGUGCGCGCUGCUGAACGAGAAGCUCGAUUCCCUCGUCAAGGCCUUAAGCGAGGAAGCGGAGGCCCAGGUGGUGCCAGCAGGUUCGGUGCCCAGCCAGGAGAGCGGCGGCUCGAGCCCCGGCGAAAGCGGCGGCGAGUCGGGGUCAGAAGGCAAAACCUACCGGUCCAAGGAGCAGCUGAUGCUGAGGGCCAACAGCCUGAAGAAAGCCCUGAGGCAGAUCAUCGAACAGGCUGAGAAAGUGGUGGACGAGCAGAACCGACACACGCAGGUCCAGAGGAUGUCGUCCUCGUCCUCCAUCAAAAGAGAAAACAGCGAGGAGCUGAAGGAUGCUGAGCCACGUCAAGGAAGCUUAAGUCCCACCUCCCCCAUCGUCCUUGAGAAACCGGAGAGCCUCAACACCGUCACCUUCAGCGAGGACUCGGUACAAUGUUCAGAGAAGUGUGUGAUGAACAACUACUUCGGCAUCGGCCUGGACGCCAAGAUUUCCCUCGAGUUCAACAACAAGAGGGAUGAGCACCCUAAAAAAUGCAGCAGUCGCACCAAGAACAUGAUGUGGUACGGAGUGCUGGGGACUAAAGAGCUGGUCCAGAAAACAUACAAGAACCUGGAGCAGCGAGUUCAGCUGGAGUGUGACGGUGUUCCCAUGUCUCUGCCGAGUCUGCAGGGCUUGGCUGUGCUCAACAUCCCCAGCUAUGCAGGCGGUAUCAACUUCUGGGGAGGCACCAAGGAGGAUAAUAACUUUGGCGCGCCGUCGUUCGAUGAUAAGAAGUUGGAGGUGGUGGCGGUGUUUGGCAGCAUGCAGAUGGCCAUGUCCAGAGUCAUCAACCUGCAGCACCACCGCAUUGCACAGUGCCGACAGGUGAAGAUCACCAUCCUGGGGGAGGAGGGGGUCCCUGUGCAGGUGGACGGAGAGGCCUGGAUCCAGCCGCCCGGCAUCGUCAAGAUCGUCCACAAGAACCGAGCACAGAUGCUCACCAGAGACAGAGCGUUCGAGAGCACGCUGAAGUCAUGGGAGGACAAGAGGAAGAUUGACAGCUACCGCGCCAGCAGGCCCCGCCUUAACUCCCAGCAGUCCAUGGAGUACCUGACCGAGGAGGAGUGCGCUCAGGUUCAGCAGCUGGGCAUCGUGGCCGACACGCUCAUCAGCAAGAUCCGCGACGCGGCCAAGACCCACAAGCUGGUGGAGCAAGAGUUGGCUCACGCCGUCAACGCCACCGCCCUGGUGCUCACGGAGGCCAAACUGUCCAGCCCCGAGUGUCUCAGCCGCAGCACAGCGGUGGAAAUCGUCAACAGCAGUAAAGUUCUCCAGGCCGAGACCAGGAUGCUGCUCGAUGGAAAACUACUGUCGGACUCUCCGGAGGAAGACGAGCUUCGAUCGACUCUGAACAGCCUCAGCGCCGAGCUCCACAAGCUGGACGACAUCCACUGGAUCUGUCCUCUCAUGCAGUGCUCAGAGGAGGACUCGGUGAGGGGCAGCAGCAAGAGCAGCGGCAGCAGCAUGAAGCUGAAGAUCAUACCCAAGGUGAAGAAGGAGAGAGAGAAGCUUCACAAGCAGAAGUCCAACAGCUCUCUAUCAGGAACUUGGGAUAUCAAAGGUGGGCCUGGUGAGGCAGAUUCCUCGGGAAACUGAAGUCCAUGAGGUGCUUUCUUACUGCCCCCCCGAUACAUCCAGGGGUGAGGAGCCCCCCCUCCUGUCCUCCUCCCCUCUAAUUGUGAUACCUAGUGGCCUGACAGAGGUGUGAGGAAGAAAAGAAAAAAACAUCUUCCCAACUUUUCUGCUGUUUCCUCCCUGUUCAACCUCCAUUCUUCAGGGGGGAGUUUUGU